AGCGCCUCGUCGGACUCCAGGGAGCGCUGUGUCGCCGCCCGCCGAGGGAGGGGAGCCGCAGGAGGAGAAAGCAGCCCACAAGGCGCAUCUGGACACGGGAGCCGAGGGCGGACCCUUCCUCGGUGCGGCUGAUGGGCGCACUCCGCCAGCGGCGAGCCACAGCCACAGCCCCUGGGCCCAGGUGGACUGCAUUUCUUCUGAUGAAGUUUCACUAAUGGCUUGACAUCUGCAAAUCAAACAGAAUUCUCAUUAUGGAACAUACAGAUGCAGAUAACUGGGCAUCAAAAGCAGAGGAUAAAGAUCCACCCCAAAGCCCCUAUUCUGUUGAAACUCCCUAUGGUUUCCAUUUAGACCUUGACUUCCUGAAGUAUGUUGAUGACAUUGAAAAGGGAAAUACUAUCAAGAGGAUUCCAAUCCGCCGGAAAACAAAACAUCCCAAAUUUAGCACUCUGCCUCGGAACUUUAGCCUUCCAGAAAAUGGAUCCAAAGCUUAUUCAUCCUCCUUAAACAAGAGUUUCCUUACACAGAGGAAGACCUCUUUAGGGGCAGAGGGGAGCUUGUCCCUAGUCACACCCACUGACUUGUCGUCAUUUUCACCUCUUCCCCAAGAACCAAGCUACAGAAAGAAAGCCCCACUAAUAGAGACUGUCAAACAAGAUCCUCUUCACUUUGAGGAGGAGAUUGCCAGUUGCAAAGGAAGGCCUCAGCUUCUGAGGGCAUCUAGUAUGCCUGCCAAACUUCCACCAGUUCAGAAUUUAGAAGAAGAAACUCAUCAAGCAGUUUUUCUGCCUUUGGGAUUUAUUCAGUCUUCCAAUGGAAAUGGUUUAGACCUUGAUUUUAGCCCUGCAAAAAAAUCAUCAGAGUUAAAUAGUUCCAAAAGAUAUUCAUUACCUCCUCCUGAAAAUCUAAUACAUAUGAAAGAGCAAAGUAAAGCCAUCCAGGAUUCUGAGAAAUGUCCAGGACUACAGAGGGAAGCUCAGCUUAUGCUAGACCAGCAACAGACAGAGCUUCCUAAGGAAAUAAUGCAACUCAGUGACCCACAGCAAAGCCAACAUCUAAUUUCUCAGGAAUUGCUUGCAGUUGUUGAGAGUGGAGAAGAAGAAUGUCAUGCAACAGAGGUAAUUAUAUGUCCAUCAUCAAUUCAGAGUGGAUUGGCCCCUACCAGUACCCCAGAACACAUGUUUAUAAAACAGUCACAGGAGGAAAUAGAACUUAACAUAUGUGAGACUGUUACAGAAGAAGUAGAGGAAGAGGAUGGAGUUACACAUCUUAGCACUAGAGAGGUGGAAAAAAAUGUAGAACUUGAGCCUUUUCUUCUUGAAGGUCCCAGCAAUAUAAUAGCCUUACAGCAGCAUAUUGCCAUUCUGGAGAAGCAGCUGAGUAACAAAACGGAAGAACUUGAGCAGAUCCGAAUAGUUUUGAAGCAACAGGAUCAAGAAAUCAAAGCAAAAGAGAGAAGCAUUGAAUUGCUAGCAAGUUCUAAAGCUCAACUGGAAAAGAAACUCUGUGGGGAGAAUAUCAAAGAAAUUAAACCAUACAUGCAGGCCAAAAAUGCCCCCCAGUUCCUUGAUGCUGCUGUGAAUACGGAACACGUGCAUGAAAAGGUAGCACAUGAAAAAGGGAUUGCUCUAAGCAUCGCUGAGCUUGUGGAACCUUUAGGAGGUGAUGACUAUGAAGCUGAUGAUAAAAAAGUAGAAAUAUGUAAGGAGUUGAGUGCUGAGAUAUCAAGUGUUUCUGAUGAUGAUGGAGGAAAAGAUAACCCUACUUUUCAGAGAAACAAGGAAGGAGGAAGAAUUGCUCAGGGCAGUGAUUGUUCCAUUGUUGAACCAAGCUAUAGUGAGCUACAUGUUGAUAAUGAGAACAAUAAGGCAGAAAAAAACACUCUGACUGCUCAGUUCUCUGUUCCUCAUGGAGAAAAUGGUUCUGGUCCCAAAACACAUGACUCAAAGGCAAAAGGAAUGGAAAUUGUUUUUCAAGAAGAUUUUAAGCAAGAUCAGGAGGAGCAGAAUCAUCCAGAAGCAAAGGAAUCACCUGCAGAUCCCAUUGUGAGCCAAUAUAUUAAAAAAAUCCAGGAUCUUUUACAAGAGCAGUGGAUAUGCCUAGAACAUGGGUAUCCAGAGCUAGCCAGUGCAAUAAAACAACCUGCCUCAAAGCUCAGUUCCAUCCAGAAUCAACUUGUUAAUUCUCUGAAUUUGCUGCUCUCUGCCUACUCAACACGAACACCAACAGACCAAGAGAAUUCCAACACACAGUAUCAACAGUUGGAAAUCUCUCCGAGUACAAGUCUGAAAUCUAUUAUGAAAAAGAAAGACACUGGUUUGCACGAGGGAGGUAAUGGCACCAAAAAGAACCUUCAGUUUGUUGGGGUAAAUGGUGGUUAUGAAACCACAUCCAGUGAAGAUUCUAGUUGUGAAGAAAGCUCCUCUGAAGGUGAUUCAGAUAGUGAGAUGGACAGAAAACAUGGCAAUGAAGAGCAAAGUUGGGGGGAAGAUGUCAAAAAAGAUGAACAAACAGCAUCUGGAACUUCUCAAGGUGCAGAGAAAGAUCGUGACCCAGAAAAACGAGAGGAAACCACAAAAUCAACAAUACAACAUAAAGUUGAGAGAUUUAAGCCCUCUGGAGAUUUUCUGAAAGGAUGUCAGAUCUUAAGCAAAAACUUGUCAGAAAUAAGGACCACAAAGGACAAAUUCCUGAGGCACGUGUUAAGCACUGUCUGUCAGGAGUGGUUCCGAAUCUCAAGCAGGAAAUCCUCCAGCUCUGAGAUUGUUGCAGUUUACCUCCACGAGAUUGAGGCGGUUCAUCCACAACUACUGAAUGUAAUUGUAAAUUUAGCUGAUGGAAAUGGCAACACAGCCCUUCAUUACAGUGUUUCUCAUUCUAACUUUUGGAUUGUGAAGCUUCUUUUAGAGACAGGUGUUUGCAGUGUGGACCAUCAAAAUAAAGCUGGGUAUACAGCAGUAAUGAUCACUCCACUAGCAUCAGCAGAGACUGAGGAAGAAAUGGAGGUAGUCACAAAGCUGUUGAAAGAAGGCAAUGUUAACAUAAGGGCUAGCCAGGGUGGACAGACUGCCUUAAUUCUGGGAGUGAGCCAUGAUAGAGAAGAUAUGGUGAAAGCAUUGCUGUCAUGCAAUGCUGAUAUAAACCUUCAGGAUGACGAUGGUCUAUCACCAUUAAUGGUGGCUUCUCAACAUGGUAAUUUUGAGAUGGUGAAACUUCUUUUAUCUCAUUCAGGCUGUGAUCCUACAUUAGAGGACAAGGCUGGCAAUUCUGCUUUAUCCAUGGCUUUGAAAUCUGCCCACGUGGAAAUUGCAGAGUUCCUACGGACCCACAUACAUCAUGCUCAAUCUCUGAAUACAUAAAAGGAAAUGAAAAACUGUAUCUGCUUGAAUGAGAAAUUCAUAACAAAAGACUUAUUAUAUUAGCCAAGUCUGUAACCACUUUAUAUGCCAAUGAUCUAGCUGAUAACCACUGAUUUAUCUACUUAUGGAAAAAAAGGAAUUAUGCCAAUUAUUUGUAUACAUUCCUCAUAAAUGAAUCACUCUUCUAAAAUGCUUUUAUAGUCCUGACUUAUGCCCACUGGAACAAAUGAGGAUUAGAUUAUUGCAUUGCCUUUUUACUAAUAACUAUUCUUUGUUUCAAAUUAUUGUCUUCUUAAGGGGGAAAUCUGAGCCUAUUUUUUAUUUCUCAGUGCAGUACCUUUGAAAAGCAUUAAGAAGUUAUUUGUUGACUCUGGACAUAUGUCUUCAGUUGCCUAGAAUGAUGGACACAUACCCAUUUAUAAGGAUAAAGUGCUUCCAAAAAUGUUAUGAACACACCAAAGCUACUCAGUGAAGAUACUGGUAAUACUGACCUAUUUUGACAGAUUUAGUAUAUUUGGGUAACCUGAUCCUAGGUCAGUUUAUAUGAAUUAUCAGGGUACCGUGAUCUAGUAAAGCAGAUAAGAUAAGCUCCCUGCAAGGUCACCCCUCUUGAUUCUCUUAUUUGCUUCAAAGCUUGAUGCUGCCAGAGCUUACUUAAUUCCAGAAACCAAUUCAUCGUUGUGAGUCAGUUAAGUGCUGGAUCUUGCUCCCACCACACCAGAACAAAGCAGCAUAUCAGAGAGAAGGGACCACUUAAGGAAAUAGUUUGGGCCUGAUCCCAAUGCUGUCCAGAGGAUCUUUAUUAAUAUAAGUUGCACUGAAACUCUUAUGCCUGAGAGUCACCCAGAUGUCAUGAGACACUUUUCUUAAAAAACAACAACAACCUUAGAUUCAAUAAAGACUUGUCCUAUGCUCCCUUGCUGCCACUUUCUACACUGUUUCCCCAUUUCAUAUAUAUGUAAAAAGUGGAGCUGAGUCUCACAGGAAACCUAUUGUGAAAAUAUAAUUCUGGAUCUAGCAGUGAGAUCUUGCCAUUCCUUGUCUUCUGUAUUCCUGAUAUCAUCUAAUAUUAGGAAUACUGUGCAAUUGUACUAUACUUUUCUGCCCAUGCUAACGAUUUCUGGUAAGGGUGGCAAAGAACAGAUCAAAUUUCAAAUUAUCAGCUUGUAAAACUAGGCAUAACAAGGAAGGCAGACAAGAAGGCAUGGAAUUUAAAGAGACCCUCAUAGUGAGUUCUUCCAGAGCCAGAAAAAUCAACUAAUUGAAUUAGCUGAGAAUAUGACCCUGCUCUUAAAAUGAACGUAUAGCAAUUUGCUCUUAUAGCAUAUGGUGUUUCCAAUUUAGCUACAAGCACAGUAGUAAAGCAAUACUAAUAAAAAUAGAUAAUGCAUGCUAUUUUUUAACCAGCUGUUUCAAAGCAAAACUCAGUUAAUUUGUAAGUUGUGCUAUUUCAGUAUUUAU